AUGCCCAACGAUGUUGCGCAAUCCACCAUCGCAAAUCUCAUUGUCGGCGGCUUGGUGCUCACGUUCCUCGGCCAGCAUCAAACCAUGGACAUGCUGCUUUUCGGUAAUCGUGACCGCCAAACCGUCAUUCCCGUACUUGAUAACUAUGAGUGUGGCCCCGAGCUUGCUCUUCAUCUGGCCACCCCUGGGACCGGUCCAUCUCGCGGUGGCCUUGACAGACGCGAAACGGAGCCUGCUCGGAGUGUCUGGGCAAGUAUUACGUUCCAUCCCUCAUCGUUUGCAACGCUGAAGUCAAUAACCGCCAAGUCUCUCCCGACCGGUUCCUGCUACGCAUCUACUGAUGACGCGCGCUCCUACGUCGAUGUGCCGGCGGCUUAUCCAGGCAUCGUGCAGAACAUGACGUACACGACGUAUACGCUGCAAGAGGUUGUCGCAUUGUCGCUGGGCGAGAUAGCAUCAAGGCUGCACAGCGCGAAUGUGCUCAUUACUGGUUCUAUGGGACUAGCUGUGGAUUCGCCCUCAAGAAAUCUCAUUAUACAGCCGCCUCAACAAACGUCAGUUGUCAAAGGCACUUGA